CAACUACAUAUCUAUCUAUCGCUUCUUCUUAUUUUUUUAAUAUUUAUCUAAAUAUUAUAUAAUACUCUUUAGCAGCUUAUAACGGAAGAUGCAAGAAAAAAAAGGUUGUUGUUCCUUUUCUCCACCUGCUGUUCCUCCUCUCCGCCUCCUUCCUGAAAGAGUACAGUGAGAGAGAGAGAGAGACAAGAGCUUGCUUCUUCCAAGAUUCAAGAGACUGUUAUAUAUAUAUAUAUAUAUAUCGUAUAUUAUCUAUAUCCGUUUGCCUGAUCGGUACUGAACAGGGGGCGGGGGAUCUUUAAUUUCUUGGCCUCUCAGCUCAGCUUCUAUCUCUACAAUGGAGGAGUUGUCCGCACAGAAUGAUACCGCAACUAUGGAUAAAGCUGCUGCUGUUGUGUUGGACAUCGCAAGUCUUGCACAACCAUCGGAUAGGAGCUCUGGGAGUCCAAAAAUGACAAGAGCACUAUCUCGGAAAUCGUCUUACCGAGCGGAACGGUGGACUGGUACUGAAGAUGAAGACGUUGAUGAACCAGCAAAGAAACUUCCAAUAAAAGGGAGCUCUCCGCUGGAGCCUUUGAAGCAGCCACUAGUUAUCAACAAAGCACUCGGUCCCUCCCUGACGAUCCCCAGUGGCCCUAAUCUCGUAGAUCCAGUUGAUGGAUGGAAUAAGAGAUUUAACCGGUUAAUGGCAAUCAACCCACGAAAGAUCCUUUUCAUGUUUGCAACCAUGUCCAGCAUGGGCACACUGAUACUCAUUUACUUUACCCUCGCCAUUAAUAGAAGCACUUAAUGCACGGACUGAGGAUCUUCCGUCAUGAGAAGCCAAGGAGACAAAGGCAUUGUCAACGGGGAUCAACUGUAUCCUCCUUUUAAUUUCCGUCUGCUGUUUCAGUUUUGGUAGUCGGGCUGGCCUGCUGCUUCCAGCUAGACUCGACGGUUAAACGCUUCUGUCUACCUGCUGAUGGUUAAAGAUCAAAUUUAGGAGCUGUACGUCCUCAAUCAUCCAGCCAAAGGAUGUUAAAUUUUU